CGCACCCAGCCAGCCAGCAGCCAGCAGCCAGCAGCCUGUCCAGCAGCAGCAGCAGCAGCAGCACAGUGCGCCAGGCAGCAGCCGGAGCUCAGGCGUGGAGCUACACCGAGGAGAGAGCACCACUGACCGGGCAGCAGCAGCAGCAGCAGCAGCAGCAGGGGUACUUCUCUGGAGAAAAGACGCAUUAAACCUGCAUUAAGAACCUCUAAAGACUGAGGGAAAGGGAACUCCUGCACAGCCAAAUUUUGGGAGUAGUCUGCAGUAACCAGUGGUGGUGUUGGAGAGAGAGACAGAGAUGCAGUUCCUCCGACCCUGGUGAUGCCCAGCAGCCUGGGAUCACCGCCCAGCAGCAGCAGCAGCAGCAGCAGGAGGAAGAGGAGGAGGAGGAUGAUGGUAAGGUCGGGAUCAUGGCUAACGGAACCGGUACCAUCAUGUUAAAAUGCGUCGUGGUUGGAGACGGUGCAGUGGGCAAAACGUGUCUCCUGAUGAGCUAUGCCAAUGACGCCUUUCCAGAGGAGUAUGUGCCCACAGUCUUUGAUCAUUAUGCAGUGAGUGUCAACGUUGGAGGAAAGCAGUACUUACUGGGACUGUAUGACACAGCUGGUCAGGAGGACUACGACCGCCUGAGGCCGCUGUCCUACCCGAUGACCGAUGUCUUUCUCAUCUGCUUCUCGGUGGUAAACCCCGCCAGUUUCCAGAAUGUGCGUGAGGAAUGGGUGCCCGAGUUGCAGGAGUAUGCACCCAGUGUCCCCUACCUGCUCAUUGGCACCCAGAUUGACCUUCGUGACGACCCCAAGACCAUUGCCAAACUGAAUGACAUGAAGGAGAAGCCCAUACCCACUGAGCAGGGACAGAAACUAGCCAAGGAGAUCGGUGCAUGUUGCUACGUUGAAUGUUCAGCUUUGACCCAGAAGGGCCUGAAGACGGUGUUCGACGAGGCCAUCAUCGCAAUCCUGACUCCCAAGAAGAAGAAGGGAGCUCUGAAGAGAAGACUUGGACCCCGCUGCAUCAACUGCUGCCUGAUCACGUGAUACAUAAACCUGGAGAUCAUUCAGCAAACCAACCAUAAACCAAACCUGGACUGGAGGCUAGAGACAGACAAAAGAAAAAUGCACAGACAGCAGCGUGAGACAAAAGAUAGGACUGAAAACAAGAGCUACUUUGAAGCUGCAGGGCUCUUGGAACAGCCAUAACUCUCUGCUGCUGUCCAACACAGGUUGAGGAUGCAGUUUACUACCAAAGGAGCACAAAACUCAAGUCAGUCUCUUCUUCUAAAAGACUUUUUGCCUCAAAAGUACCUUCUUUUAUAACCAUUUUUAAUCAUGUUUCCUGUACAAAAUUGUUGUAAGCGGUCAUGCGGAAAAAAAACACGAAAUGACAUUUCCGUUUUAAGGAGUUCAUAUUAUUUCUUUGCGCUAGAUUAUUGAUUUAUCUCUAUAAGAGCAGAUCAGAGAAAGCCUGCAGCUGAUAAAUAAUGAGAGAAGUGACACUGUGACAGUGGCCAGGAUACAUUUCUGGACAUAAGGGCCCAGUUUAUUUCAGAUUUAAAAAUCUGUUGGUCCACAAAGUCUCCAAUUAUUUGCCAAUUGAGAAGCUGCAAAUGAAACCACACAAAGUGCUUUGUGUUGUGUGGGCGCUAACACAAAUCGACAGUGAGUGUAAUGCUGUUCAGACACAUUUAAGGCCUGAAACUGUAUUAUUUUAAAGUUUUAGAGUCUUGUUUUUGCCUUAUAGAAAGCCCAUUAUUUUACAGUUUGGCAAAACAUUAGGUCUUCAUCAGGAGCUGAAGAGGUCUAUUAUCCAUUUUUUAAAUAUAUAUUAUCCAGAGUUUAUGAUUCUAUAUCUCUAAAAUAGAGACGAUCUAACAAAUAUUAUUUUGUCAGCUUACUUUCUUUUUUUCAAUUUUUUGCUAUCCUGCAAUAAUAUGUUAUCCUUUUAUCACCUUUAAGAAGGUUUAGAAGAAGAAGAAGAGGAGGGAUCUCAUUUUAGAAAUGAAACUCUGAUUCAUAUCCAACGUCCAAAGAAUCAAAUGCACACUUUCAUCAGAAUCACGUGGCUGAGGUGACCCAAUACUGUACGUGUAAUGCACAACAUGAAGCACAGUCAGCGCCACAACAAAGCACAUUCCUCUGCUUUUGAACACAGUAACUCUCCCAGAAAAGACUGAUUGAAGCACAGACGACGCACAAGUAUGAGCAUAGCACACUAUCUUACCACGCACAAUCAUACUGUAGUCCAUCAAGUCUCUAAAAUACUUUUCAGGAAGGACAGCGAUUCAAACUGUUUUUAAAGGAUACAAGAAGGGGUUGCAGCAGCAGUCUGUAAAUUUUACACGUUACCAAUUACCAAUUUUACACAUCACUAAAUUAAAACGGGUUGUACCACACAAACUAGUUCUUACUUUGACGCGUCUCCACUUCCUCCCACUGUAUAGAAUUGAAGCCAAAAUAUCCCGGAUACUGGAGCUGCCAUCUUGAGAUUUUGACCUCAUUUGGAGCCAGAGUCUGCGCAGUAGUGAUCGGGCGGUAGAGCCGCGAUAUCGAGGUCAACCGCCGAGCCAAUCGAGAGCCGAGCACGGCCGCAGCUUGUUAGCGAGAGAGACUCACAGCUGUCAAUCAUGACGUCUCACCGCCUUUUUAUAGCAUCAAAUAACUAAUUGAAACCAAACCUAUCAGAAAAAUGAACACUUGAACAUACAUCGGCGUGAUAAGUACUACCUAAAAUGACAGAAACCAUCUCUGGGAAAAAUGUAUUUGAUGUGUACUUUGACUUUUUAGUCUGGCUCACGUCCCAUCCUCUAACAUGGAGGGGGCGGGCUUUAUGACCUAUACUGCAGCCAGCCACCAGGUGGCGAUCCAGAUGUUUUGGCUUCACUUUUGGGGGAGCUGUCAUGUCAUCCAGUAACUGUCAGGCGCAGCUGUUGCAUAGCGUUAGCCAACUGAACCAACUGACAACGUUAGCUUGCAAAGAUAGAACUUGUUUUGAAUGAAGAGUAAAAGAGUUAAUAAUGGUCGACACUUCAAAAAUCAGUGUAAUGACGAUGUAAAGUGUCCAUUAAAGAGUAUAUUUUACCAAAACAACACAAUAUACCAAUAAUGCCAAUAAUGUGAGACUAAAUGACGAGAUAACAUUACUGUAAGUAACACUGGUUGGGUUAGAUUCAUCUUAUUUUUCCCACUCGUUCUAAAUUGUACUAACUUUGAUGUUUCUCUCCCUGGAUGCAAAUAUAAAAGAAAGUCAUUGCUAUAUUUACAAAGUAUCAGCACUAAAGUUUAACAUAUCAGUUUACCACCUAAAAUUGUUAUUUUAGGCACUUAUUUUACAUCCCCUGAUGUUA